GGGCGGAGCUGGCGUCUCCUCGCGAACGGGCGGCGGGACGGCGGCUGCAGCCCGGGGCAGGCAGGCGGACAGGCACGGAGCCCGGCCCGGCGGGAUCACCCGCAGUAGGACGACCCAGCGCGCUGCGGUGUGAAGGCGCCGACUGAGACCCGGAGCUGUCCACCUAGGCGGAGCGCGGCAUCUCCAGGUCCCUGGGUCUGGACAUCCAACUCUACUAGGCCUGGCCAUGGCAUUGUGCCUGAAGCAGGUAUUUGCUAAGGACAAGACUUUCCGGCCCCGGAAGCGCUUUGAGCCCGGCACGCAACGCUUCGAGCUCUAUAAGAAGGCACAAGCCUCACUCAAGUCUGGCCUGGACCUUCGAAGUGUGGUGAGGCUGCCACCUGGUGAAAGCAUCGAUGACUGGAUCGCUGUGCACGUGGUGGACUUCUUCAACCGCAUCAACCUCAUCUAUGGCACCAUGGCUGAGCACUGCAGUGAGACCAGCUGCCCAGUCAUGGCGGGCGGGCCCCGCUAUGAGUACCGCUGGCAGGAUGAGCGCCAGUACCGGAGGCCUGCCAAGCUCUCGGCACCCCGUUAUAUGGCAUUGCUCAUGGACUGGAUCGAGGGUCUCAUCAAUGAUGAGGAUGUCUUUCCGACACGUGUUGGAGUUCCCUUCCCCAAGAACUUCCAGCAGGUCUGCACCAAGAUCCUGACCCGACUCUUCCGAGUAUUUGUCCACGUCUACAUCCACCACUUCGAUAGUAUCCUCAGCAUGGGGGCGGAGGCACAUGUCAACACCUGCUAUAAGCACUUUUACUACUUCAUCCAGGAGUUCAGCCUGGUGGACCAGAGGGAACUAGAGCCACUGAGGGAGAUGACAGAGCGAAUCUGUCACUGAGUCCAGAUCUGGAUGUUGUUGCCUAUCAACUGGACCAUCGGACACAGUGUAGCUGGAGAGGGGACCCUUAAGAGCCUGUCGGUAGAGCAAUCUGAAGGCCUGUAGGACCCCUCUACAUACCCAACACUUCUGGACCUCUCAGAAGUCCUCCUGGAGAAGGGAGGGCUUCAAGUGGGCAACUGAAGCAAAGGAGUUUAGCCCUUCACAUUAAGUCCAAGAGUAGGGUAGGCUACCAGGUUCCUGCUCUGAUACUUCAUCCUUUCACCCUACCAUGGUGGGUUUCAAAUCCAUUUGGGGAAUAUGGAUGUGACUGAAGUGGUGGCAAGAAAAUUAUGGGAGUGAGUGCCUGUAUCUGAGCAAGCGGGUAGGUUUGUGUGUGCGCGAGGGGUGGGGGUUUGAUUGUGGGAUUUGUCUGAGAGAUUCAGGUCCUUUCUGGCACAUAGUAGGCCCUCGUGUUGGAUGGAUGGGUGGAUGGAUGGAUGGAUGGAUAGAUGUAUGUAUGUAUGUAUGUAUGUAUGUAUGUAUGGAUGGAUGGAUGAAUGAAUGGAUGGAUGGACAGACAGGAUGGUCUCUAAGUCCAUGACCCUUUUAGGAGUAAUGACAGCUUAGUGCCCCAGCUCAACUCUGACCAUAUGUACAAGUGUAGAGAAUGUGCGUGUAGAUGGAAUGGUACCUCUGGAUCUUCUAGACCACCAUUGUCUAUCUACAUGAGUCCCGUGCAGUUGAGUGGAGGCUAGAAAGUUCAGCUUUGCCCUGAAUUCCUUAAACCCCUGACCUACCACCAUGUGGGCUGAUUUGCUAAGCCAAGGAUGUCCACAAAUUGCUACGUCGCUCAUCUCUCUGCUUCCAGGAGGGCCUGAUAACAGUAAGCCUCUAAGCUAGGCAGUGGUGGCACAUACCUUAAAUUCCAGCAUUCAUGAGUCAGAGGCACAAGGAUAUCUGAGUUUGAGACCCACCUGGUCUACAGAGUGAGUUCCAGGACAACUAGGGCUACACAGAAAAACCCUGUCUCAAAAAACAAAACACAAAACAGCAAAGCAAAACAGUAAGCCUCUUGAGGAUUGAGAUUGAUUCCUCAUGUCCACAAAGGUUCCCUGGAUCUUCAAUUGGGACUUGAGAUACUUCAGGCUCACACCCAGAACCUACUGACCUGACUGAAGGCCAGCACAACAUAGCCCUCUAAAACAGAGAGCCACUGGAACUUGAAUUGGGAUAUCUGGAGUCUUUUCUUCUGUCUCAGGACACAGGACCAUGUAGCUGGUGGAAACCUUCCCAUCCUGAAAACACCUGCCUCCACCCAAUCAUCCCGGGACAUCCUAGCUACCCUAGCUACUUGGAUCUCUAAGCACAGCUAUCCAGAGAGGCUGGGAUGCUCUUUCAAUAACCAUUACUUAGUACCUCCAUGCUGAGCCCUGUGCACAGACUCACAGGUAGGGAAACCGUGACCCUUUCAGAGCCUUAAUCCUGAGAAGCCAGGAUGGAGAACAAGAAGUAACACAAGAAUCCUGUCUGUCUCUCAGUGUACAAAGGAGGAAACUGGAACCCGGAAGCUUUUCUAAAGCUGGUAUAAAAGCCAAGGCUCUUGACUUCUACUCUAGGGCCUGCUGAUGUGACACCAAGAUGCUUGUGGAAAUAGGGUUUGUUAAAUACCCUCCAGGACACAACUGUUCCUGUUUUGAACAAGGAUUUCUAGCCUGAUGCCAGAGAGCCCCACCACUCCUGGGUUGGCUCAAGUUGGCUACUGAGACAAACCUCCAAAACUAGGUCCAACGUUAUGGCCUAGGAACUGCCUGCCCUCCAGGGAAACAGCGGGGCUCUCCAGAUCAGCAGGACCUGGAACUUUCUAUCUCUGCCAGCUCCAGAGAAGUCCCAAAGAAUGCAUGCUGUCCUACAGCUUUGGCAGUGGUUCGGAAGUAAGGAAAGUGGGUAAUUCCCCAUAGUGGGCUGCAGGACAUAUUCUGAAAUCUAGGCUGUGAACAGGGAUGAUGGGGGUGGGGAGGGAAAUAUA